AUCACGUUAAUAAACAACGGCAUUUGAACACUCUUAAAAUUGAUCUCUGGCCUGUGAUGACAACGAUAAUUUAGUCGUGUACAAAUUCGUCGCAUGGUUCCGGUUUGGCAAGUUAGCAAUGGCGAAGAGCUUAUUGGCUGUGACAUUAACCAACCAUUGUCCAAAGCUCAAUAAUAACAACGUCACUAAAGUCAUAUUGCCAAUAGAACACACCCAGACGAUACACAGCGUAUAUCUAGUAGUGCACAACAAGGAUGUUCCGUGCGAUUAUUCAGCAAGGUGCUCGACUGCUAUCGAAGCUGAUGGGUUCCAAGUCUCCAAGGAGAUGACAUUGGCAGACCUAAAGGCUGUGGCCGACAUGCGGGCAGUGGCAUUUCAUUGUGCAAUGGAGCCUGGAAAAAUUCCUUCGACCUAUGAGUCUGGAAAACACCCUUCAGCUGCUGUUGUAAAUGCCUUUCAAAUCCUCAUGGAUGGUGAAAAGGUCAAGAUUAAAAUAAAAUCUACCUGUCACAACAGAAAGGAUGAGCUGUACAAUGAUGUCGUCAAGCUCAUGGUGCAGAGAAAUCUAAAAAUGCACAAAAGCAGUGUUGCAGACGAAGGAGAAUACAUAGUUCAGGUGAUCACCAAUGCCCUUUGGUGUCUGACAAAUCACCAUCUCACCAUAAAUGACGCAGCCAAAACAUAUAGAGACGCCAGAAAUGUUUGCGCAAUUCCAAGGCUUUAAUGAUUUAAAAGGAAAAAAACUGAAAAGUCAACCACUUCAGCAAGCAGAGUGUGACAGUCAUGCAAAUGCUUUAGUGAAUAUUAUUACAAAACCAAUAUUUCACAGCGAUGUACAUUGGCAGCAGUUCAAGGAAGAGGUUGAGUGUCUGGCAAAGUGUCUUGUUCACUAUAAAAUGUAUUUAGAAAACAUACUAAAAGUCAAACACACAGACACGAUCAGCUAAACCCUCCUAGAACUGUUGGAAAUGACAACUCUGUAGAAUUUCGGGCCAAAACUCCUUUUGUGUAUGAUAAAUAUAAGUUGUUUGAUGAGGAGGUCAAAAGCUGUGAUUUUCUGAAGCCCAUACUGUUUGAUGAAAGUGUACAUCUUGCCUCACCCUUUGAAAACAGAAUGCAAAUGAAAAGGUUCUUUGACGAACUCAGUCUAUCUGUUGAUGUUGACCUGUAUAGAUAUUGUCCAGGAGGAGAUGUAUCUACUAUUAUGUUUGUAGCUUAAGUUCCAUCUAAUAGGUCUGCUAAUGCUGCCCAUAUUCAGCCUGUCAGAGUCAUAGCUCAAAUUCAUAACACAUUACCAGAGUACCAUACAAGGGCAAUGAAAAGGGAGUUUAGACCAAAAAUUAGUCUCAUUGCUAAAAUUCAGCCAGGAAUUUUAGAUUUUGUGUACAAAGAAUUGGCCCUUGCCGCAUCUGUUUCUUCGAACCCAGAAAUGCAACAACGAAUUAAAUUGAUUUCAUUGGGUGAAACAGGUCUCGUUCCUGAUCUGCGAGAAUGAAACAAUGGCCGACCAUCUGACAAAUUUGAUUUUUUCUUUGAAAAACUAGAGGAGGUAGUGGAGAACGUAACUGCAGCAGAUAAAAGGCGGCAUGGGGUAGCACAUUUAAGCCAUUGGAUAUCCCUCGGUGAUUUAAUUAGCCAAGCUGCUGAGAAAUGCCCAGAAGGAACCCUGGUACCCUCUAAAAGUCUAGUACGUCUCCAGUUUACACCGCGCAAUCCAUAUACUCAUGCAGCAUUGAAUUUCACAAGCCGUAUACCUGUCCAGUAUAAGAUUCAGAAGCGACAGCUACGAGUUCAGCAUCUAGAUCAACACUACUGUGCUGCGCAGUUCAAAUAUUUCAAGUCUAAAGCUAUUGAACUGGGACCAGAUGCCAUCAUGCUCUGUUGUGACGACAAAGCAAAAGUCCCAGUCGGAGAUCCAGGUGUGUUUGUGUCCACCGGUGUUCGUGGCAAGAAGACGUUAGCUCCAGUUUCUGAAAGUUUGGAAGCACUGGACCACGAUAUGACGAAAUCUAGUUUAUGUCCUUCAGUAUACCUUGAAUGUGAAAUUCCACUUGAUAUUGAGAAGUCAUUUGUGCGUGGACAGGUCAAUGUGGUGGUAAAUGACAGUGUUUUCCAAACCUCUGGGCCAUUUCGGCAUGCAGCCAUUAUGUGUACCAUCCUUGCAAAGCGUGACCGUUACCGAGAGUACUUUUGCGUUUUUCAGACGGUGGCACAGAUCAACGCAACACUUUGUCUGUUAAAUGUGCUGCAAUCUGCAUCUUUAAAGAGAUGAACUUAGACAUGUUGAAUCUUGACGAUGAUGGCAAGUUUAAGUCCUGCAACAGUAUGGCACAGAUUAGGGAACGCACUGAAAAACACCCGGAAUUGAAGCCAGUAUGGGAAGCAUCCAUUGGUCCAGUGCAGAAAAAGGUAGAGGAGCGAUUCCAGAGGCUAAAAUUGAAAGAUGUUCCUUUUAGACCUUUUGAUCCUGUCUCGGAUGAGAAUAUCAGCUUACUGCAGCGCCAUUUGAGGGCACUCUUUCCGGAAAUGGAUCUCACUAAACUGCAGAAAAUCCACACAAAGAAGAUCAUGUCUUACCAGUCUUACCUUGAAAAGCAUUGCAGACAGCGUCACUACACAUUCCAAAUCAGAAAGUGUGAGGAUGAAGUGUGUUGUAUUCCGCCCACAGUUGAUCGCCAAAACCUUACUUGGUUACCCGAUCCCAUCCUUGAUGGAGAACAUUACAAAUCAUACUCUGAUGUAAAAAAUCAAGACACAACAGAGGAGGAUCGUCCGACAUAUCAGAAGGUUGAAAGUACGGAAAGGAAAAACACACAAAAACCUAAGGGCAACUUGAGGAGUGCUCCAUUGUCCGUGCAAAGAAAUGCUGAUGAACGAACACAUGAUGCUAGUAUCUUCACUGCACAGAAUGCACGUUCCAUCACCGAGUGUUGUGAGUGCCGCAAACCUCAUGUCAUUUAUACUAAGCAUAAACUCACUGAAAGGCAAUUGGUUCAGGUUUCGCUACAGCUCUCUGAAUUUGACUAUACCUGUGGAUCAUCACCACACCAGCAAACAAACUUCACGGAGUCGUCCAUGUGAGAACGCAGCUUUCAUGUAGGGACCCAAUCGAACUGGCAUUUUACAGUUCUGAAGUUGGCAGGAAAUACUUGUGUUGCUUCUGUGCCACCCCACAAGCAGAAAUCAGUGCUGAAUUAAAGAAACAGUUCAAAACUGUUUUACCUAUAUGCCCCGAGUGUGUGGCUGCAGGAAGGAAACCAAUAUGUCAGCGGCCAUACAAGAAUGGACUUGAUAAGCCUAAGGAUAAGUAAAUGGUACACUUCUUCCAAAAAUACAAAGUUUAAAAACUUGUUCAUUGUAGAUACUGUACGUGUACUAGUUUUGCUGUUUUACUGUUAUAAAAGAAAUUGUAUUAAUUUUUGAUCAGUCAAUCUAUUAGAUAAUUAGACUUAGCUUUUUGUAUGCUUAUUCUAGUCUAUAUGAACCUAUUCUAGUCCAAUCUAUCAUUUUAUCAUUACCCGAGUCAGUAGGUAAGGUUUAAGUGUUCAAGCAGUGGACCAUGGGUCUACACUUGUCCCAAAGACCUGUUAAAUUCUGACAGCACUCAAAGAGUUAAAUGGAUUAUGCGUUAAUAUUAGUCAUUGAUUCUAGUCAUUUAUUGUUCUAAGUAUUGAUUAUAUAUGUUUGUUUGGAGAUUCUUGCCAUGUUGUAACAGGGGUUUCUUGCUAGUCAGAUGUUAUAGUCUAGUUAUGAUUCUUACCAUGUCUAGAAAACUGUUUAUUUUAUAAUAGUUGAUAUGUACAUUUAAUUGUAAUACACUGUUAUAUUAUGUAAUGUUUAUGUAAUGUUUUAUUAAAUGUUAUUUGAUUCACUUUUUAACAGGGUUGUAUUUAAAGUGUAAAGAUAAACUGCUUCCCUGGUGAACAUACUGGCAAUGCUCAAAAUUGCACAUAAUGUUGCCACCGAUGGGAUUCGAACCCAGGUCUUGCCCUUUAAAAGGAUGCAUUCUACAACUGAAAUACAUGUACAAUGGCUGUCAAGCUAGCAGUUUUACCUUAUUUAAUGCAGAAAGUUUGAAUAUACAUUUAUAUAUCACACUGGUUUCUUUUUAAAAUAAGUCACCUGC